GGAUGGUUAUUGGGUUUCAUUUUAGAUAAUCCUAGGCUCACCGACCUCAGUGAGUCCAAUUUGAAUUUAUAUAGGCAAAAACCAUCUAGAUGGGAGAGCGCUCUUCUUCUCUUUCUCAGCUUCUUUUUUCUCGUUGCUUUUGCUCGUCGAUUUGAAGAUUCUCUCCACCCGACAGUUUGAUCUCCAUAUUUCAAGAUGCCGGCUACAGCAGGAAGGGUUCGCAUGCCUGCGAAUAAUAGGGUGCACAGUAGUGCUGCCCUUCAGACUCAUGGUAUAUGGCAGAGUGCAAUCGGAUAUGAUCCAUAUGCGCCCAACAAGGAUGAUACCAAUAGUUCUUCACAGGAAAAGUCCUUGAAUGCUGAACCUGAGGCGGAGAAUGCAUACGCCAGCUUUCAGGGACUUCUAGCUCUUGCCCGAAUCACUGGUUCCAAUGCUGAUGAGGCUCGCGGUGCUUGCAAGAGGUGUGGUCGUGUUGGGCAUCUGGCUUAUCAAUGUAGAAACUUUUUGAGCGUUAAAGAUGAUGAUAAGGAGAAAGAUCCAGAGGCAGUCCAAGCAGCAGUUUUGUCUGGAUUGGAAAAGAUAAAGGGUAAUGGAAAAUUUGCAGUUGCAAGCAAGGAGAAGGAGGAGAGUGAGGAAGAGGAGGAUAGUGACACUUCAGAUUCUGAGGUGGAUUCAGAGAUUGAGAGGAUUAUUGCUGAAAGGCAUGGUAAGAAGGGCAGUAGUAAGAAGAGGUCAUCUAAGGAAGAGAAUUCUGAUGAAGGGUCAGAUUCUGAUUCUGGGGUAAGGAAGAAAAGAGGGAGGUCAAAGAAAAGGAGUGAGAAGAGGUGCACUAGUGAUUCAGAGGAUGAGGAUGAAGGUCAAAGGAAGAGGAGGAAGAGGGAGAAAAGGAGAAAGAGGGAUGAGUCCUCUGAAGAAGAGGAAGAGAGGCGGCAUCAUAAGAGGAAGAGUGGGAAGGAGAAUAGGAGGAGAAGUCGUAGAUAUGCUGAUGAUUCUGAAUCAAAUGCAUCUGAUGACUCUGGCAGAAGGCACAGGCGAAAGACCAGGAAGCCAGCAUCACCAUCUGAUUCUGAUUUGAGUGGCUUUGAUGACUCACGAGUUGGAAGGGCUACAAAGCGAUAUGAGAAGAGAAGUAAAAAGCGCCACCUUGAGGAGGAUGAUUGAUCCCCUGCUAGUGAAGGGAUCGAAGGGGAUUAAUCACAGUCUGAGUUAUGAGAAACAGAGCCAACAGUGGUGUGGUUGAAGUACUCAGUUUCAUUGUUGUGUGUGCACGUCUGAAAACUUGUCUCUAUCAAAUUUCUAUUUUUAAAAAGUAAGAAUGGAUGUUCAAAAAUUUGCGUUUGAGGUGUGUAAAGGGCCUGUAAAUUAGCUGCGUUGUUGAAUGUUUUGUUUGGAGCAGCACUUCAGUUUUUAAUUGUAUGCCUAUUUAUUUAUUUGUUUAAA